AUGUCUCUGUGUAUUAUCAUAAAUCUCGUGAUUUUAUUCACGCUUGCAAAUGGAUUCUUAAUUCAAAAUGGAACUGGUUCGGGAAGUAUUUUCCAGUCGAAUGGAUGUCCUGACGGUUGGACAAGAUACGAUUUACAUUGUUAUAAUUAUAGUUCAUCCAGAAAAACAUGGACGACCGCAGAAAAUACAUGUGAACAGUUCGGUGGUCAUCUAGUGGUUAUAGAAGACAACGAUGAAGACAGUUUUAUCGGAAGGUUUAUCGAAAGGUCUCUAAAAUUAUCAAACUAUGCUGUUUACGACAGGACAUUUAAUUAUACCUGGAUCGGUGCUUCUGAUAUUGCAAAAGAGGGUAAUUGGUUAUGGGUAACAGGUAAACCAGUCGGUGUGUAUACCAACUGGAGAGGACCAGGUCCAAAUAACGGAAAUAAUGGCAGUCAUACCGAGAAUUGUAUGGACUGGAGUUUUGGAGGUUGGAAUGACAGUCACUGUGCUGGUCACUUGAACUUUGUGUGCGAAAUAGAAAGUAACGGUAUACCUUGA